GCAUCCUUCACCGGCUUUUGGCUUGAGCGGUCACGGCGGGCGCGCCAAAGCUUUCUCUCCCAAACUUGUGCCUCCUCCAUUCUCUCUCCCGGACGUUUUUUCAGGGCUCGGCCUAGCCCCGCGAAAGCUGCAUACCUCGGCAGCCGCCCCCACGAUGAACGCUGCGGCGGACGGAGCCCCGCAAGCCCUCCAGGAUGGCGGCGGUGGUGGUGCACCGCAGAGCAACGGCCACACCUCCGACUUCUCACAGGUCUUAGAAGCCAUACAAGCCGUCUAUGCACCUACCUCGAGCAACGAUACACGCCGUCAAGCGACCGAAUACCUCGAGCAAGCAAAGCGGGACCCCAACGCACCGUCGCAUGGCUACACACUGGCCGCCGACCAGUCGCAGCUUGUGCACGUCAGAUACUAUGGCCUCGGUCUGCUGGAGUAUUCGAUCAAGUACAACUGGGACGAGUUCACCGCCGACCAGGGCGCCGUGCUGAAGGACUACGUGCUUGAGCUCGCAAGGAACGUCACAGAGAACGAUCAGGUGUACUUCAGGAACAAAGUCGCGCAGCUGUGGACAGAAGUCGCGAAGCGAAGCUGGGGCGCAGAGUGGCUGAACAUGGACGAGCAGCUCGUAUCCCUCUGGACGAGGUCACUACACCACCAAGCCAUCGUACUCUACGUCCUCGAAACGCUAUCUGAGGAGGUCUUCAACCGCGAAGAUGCUACGGCGGGCCUUCGAGGCAGCGAUCUGGGUCGCGCGUGCGUCGAGAUCUUCACGCCACUACAGGUGCUGCAGGAGCAGCUGCCUACACGAGACAAGAGUCUGGACGUGCGGUGUGGGGACGAAGGGUGGCUGAAGAGGCUGUGCGACAACUUGAGCUGGUGCCUGGGGCAAGACUACCAGAAUCAAGAGGCAAUUCGGUCGUCUGGCGCCAAGACGAUCAAUGCGCUGCGAGCUGCUAUGCCGUGGAUCAUUCCCAAGGCAAUAGCUGCGACUGGCGUCAUUGAGGCGGUUUGCAAGGCGCUUUCAAUUCCAGUAGUGGAGCUGCAACUGGCCGCCGUCGAAGUCUUGCAGUCCAUCUACAGCCGAAGCCAUCUUCACGAUGACGAGUUCCAGGAGCUGGUCUGCCCAAUGUUCACACCUGGCAGCGUCUCGCUGCUGCGUGAGGUAUACAGCUGGACAUUAUCAGACAUGAACAUCGACGACCUGGACGACCAGAAGUAUACGCUGUGCAAGAAGCUGUCAGAGUUGGCUAACAGCCUUGGUUUGUUCAUCGAGCAAAAGCCACAGAACAUCCCCGAAGGCAGUGAUCUUGCCGGUAUCUUCGGUUUUCUCUACGACAUCCUACGUAACCCUAGCCUCGUCGUCUCAAUACCUGUGCUCCACUGCUGGACGAAGCUACUGCGGUCACGCGCCGUGCGAGAUUCCGAAGUGGUUACCUCAAUGGUUGGAGGCCUUCUGGAAACAUGUUGUGCACGUCUUAUCCGCUAUGAGUCGUUGCCUGAGGACACAGAAGACGUCACCUUACAGUUCUUGAACGAGGAUAUCGACACGGUGCCAGAACGUCAUGCCUUCCUGGGCAACUACCGUAGGUUUUGUGCAGACAUUAUCGAGGUCCUUGUCCGGAGAACUCCGGUCGAGGCUAUGCAACACAUCCUUAGCCAAGCCACCAACAUGCUCUCAAAUCUUUACAGCGACAAGCCUGCCUUCCAGCCGCAGACCUUCUCCAAACAUUCCGCUGCCGUUCUGCAAGUCGAUGCUCAGGUCACAGUCAUCGACGCGGCAAUCAAGGGCUACUUGAAAUGGCUCAACACGCAAGGCGAAGACAUGCAAGAAGAUGAGCGAAAGCGCGCGACUAUGGAGAACUCCUUCGAAGAAUGGGGGCGGCAAAUUCUGCAAGCACGAUUCGAAGACCCUGAGAUCGCGAAGAAGGUCAUUUCGCUCAUGUCUACAUUCUCAACCAAAGCAUUACCAGAUCGCUCUGCCUUCGCACUGAGUUUCCUUGAGUACAUGCUCACCAUCCGACUUGCCGACAACCCCGAGUUCGCCCAGUACUCAGAUGCAGUCAAGGAUCUUGAGCGCAUUUGCAGUCUGGAGAUGCAAAAGCUGGCGAUGAAGUUCGCCGAUGAUUUCAUGAACGUAUACAACCAACUAGAGAACAAGGUCAACGAGAUGAUCGCUGACCCCACGACCGACGAACGCCAGCGGAUGGCUUACUCCGCUUUUCUUUUCAUUAUCAUUCAUAGAUGCACGACAUUAGACAAGGCUACACAAGAACAACGCAUGAGGCAGAUGUUGAAUCAGGUCGAGGACGCAUGGAAUAACGAUGGGUUCUCCAAGUCCAUCUCAGGUUUCCAGUCCUUCUGUGCCAUACUCGGAAUGGGCCAAUUGCCGGAGUUUCUCUCCGCAAACAACUUCCGCGGUGUGCAGGACUGGUCAAACCAGCCGCUAGGAAGCGACGGUCAAGCUUUGCAAGCUGCAGUCCUUGAGCGAUCGCAACAACUUCCGUUACGAUUGACCAAGACCCUGCUUGCGGCUUCGACUGAGAAGUUGCGGGAUGGCUCUCCGGCGUACGAGACUGCUGCUGCGUUGUGGGCAGAAGCAAUUCCAACGCUGCUUCCCAACCUUCUGCAACUUGUCAGUCACGCCCAAGCGUUCAACGACAUCGACAGCAACUGGUCGCACCUACCGCCUGAGCUGCAGCAGGUCAUUCGCAGGGUGCUGACAGAUCGCUUCUGGCAGGCUGGCAUCUCGACAGAGAGCAGAGAUGACUUCUUUGCGAGAGUCAGUGGCUCGAAGUCAACCUACGAAGGCUUCGCAUCGACGAUUAGAGGUACCGUGCGACAAAUCAGAGAAAGUUCGUACUACAUCCUGUACUCUCUGACAAAGUUCCGAGACCAUUUCUACGGCAUCUCAGAACUUCCUGGGCCGCUAAGCCAUGCACUGUUCGGCCACGCUCACGCCCUGACAGCACACCACCUGUCUGUUCUCUUGACCGUCUCAACACAUCUUAUCGAAGGAUGUCCAGCGCAUCUUCGGUCACACUUUCUGCCGCCCAUGGUUCAAGGGCUGUUCAGGGAGCUGGAUAGGAAGAUCUCCGCUGAGUGGAAUGAGGUUGCUCGCCAGGUAGCGGAGUCGGGGGACAACGACAACUUGACAGAUGAGAUGAAGACCGAGAGCAUCCUUCGCCAACUCACAUACUCAUCUGUCUCGCUUGUCGCUGUCCUCCUUGACUCGAGACAAGAGUUCGGCCGUUCGGAAGACCAAACACAACGAGACAACAGCGGACCCCCAAUGUGCGACUUCCUCCUCUCCACUCCUGCCGUCCUCGAACCCAUCCUCAUGUUCUGCAACUCCACAAUCCGCGUCCGCGACACUCGCUCAGUCGUCACCAUCGUCCGCGUCCUGCGCACCCUUCUCCCACGCUUCAAAGAAAAAUCUCCGAUCCGCGACUACUUCUGCAACGACAUCCUCAAAUCGGCAAUCACAUCGCUCCACGAGCCCUACUUCGUCGACUGCCAGAAGGAACUCGCGUCCCUCAUCGCAGGCAUCAUCCACCUCGACGAAGACAUCCCGCGCUCCAUCAUCCUCUCGCUGCCGGGCAUGGGCGACCAGUACCGCGUUGACCGCCGUCUUUCGAAACUGAGAGGGAGCAACAGGAGCGAUGAGCGCAUGCAACGCUCUAUCGUGCUCGAUCUGCUGAGCAGCAUCAAGGGUGUUAGUAUUCAUGAGCAGGGCAAAAUCCAGCGUAGUGCACCGAAGAAGCGGAGCGCAGCUAUGGAGCAGUACAUGGCUAUCGACCAGGUACCUGCUAUUGUAAGAGGUACCAGCCCGGGACUCGCGGGUGUGGCGGAUAUGUUUGGAGAGUCGUAGGACGACGCGAAGAUUGUAGAGGAAUGGAUACCGGAGAGGAGUCAGUGGGUGCCUGGCAAGUGGGUGCGUUGUAUGCAUCACAUUGGUGAUCGUCGCUGUUCGCAUAAAGGAGCGAGGGCUGUUACUUGUUUGCUGAGACGGGAUGUUCUUAGACGAGACUCUCCUGCUUUGGCCGAGGAUUUGCAAAAUUUGGGUUUCGGCGAGUGAUAUGCAUAGCGGGGUUUGACUUUCGGGUGCUGGUGGUCUGUAUGGUAUUGUUAGUUUGUGUGUGGGAGAAGUGUAGAUAUUAGUUGAAGCAUUAGAUCACGGGAGUUUUUGAGCAUGCCCUACAUCUCUCAUCAUACCCAACAGUUUAACGAUUGCAGGUACUUACUUCCAAUGGGAGUUCG